GCGAGGGGGUGUGGGCUGGGGUGUGCAGUGCAGUGUGCUGUGCAGUGUGCAGUGUGCAGUGUGUAGUAUACACUUCCAAGAGGCCUGUGGCGCCGUGUAUGCACAGUCCUGUACCCUUCAGUAGUUCGAAGUGCGGUGGAGCACAGGUGGUGGAGGCGUUUCAGCAGAGGAACCCAGAUUUUCCUCCACUGCGGUGGGUGCAGGAAGUGCGGUGGUGGGUGGGCAAAAGGACCGUGGUGGUGUAGGCAUGUACCUCGUGUAUCUGUCAUGUACCCUCAUGUACCUUCAUGUACUAUUCUGCACAUGCUAUAUUGCCCUGCACUAGGUUCUGAUGUACCUGUCCUCUGCUGCCUGUCCUAUACCACGCUGUGCUACUACGCUACCCAGACUGUACGUACCACACCCUCCCGCGCGGCCAUGUAUCGCACUCUCCGGCCUCACGCGAUGCUCAGUCCGCCUCCUCACCUCCCUUCUCUGCCUUCUCGGCUGUUUCUCCCUUCUCCAUUGCUUCUUCCUUCUCUGCUGCUUCUCCACACCCCUUCGCGCUCUCGCUCUCGCUCACUCCGAGCGGGGAGUAGUAGUGUAGGGAGUCGCAGGCCGCCUCUCACUUCAUCAUGCUGUCUACUUCACUCUGCCAUGUCUUCCAGUCUUCCAGCCUUCGUUUGCUGUCUGCAUCGUGCGCUGUGCUGUGCUGCACUAUCCUGCGUCGAGCUCGACUACCGCGUGCUGUACUACGGUCUACCCUGCUCUACCCUGCUCUGCCAUGCUCUACUAUGUCAAACUAUGUCAAACUAUGUCAAACUAUGUCAAACUAGGCUCUGCCACGCGACUCUGCCACGCGACGCGACGUCACGCUCUUUCUCCUUCCGUCUGCGUCUCCGUCUCUGUUUCCGUCUCCGGCUCCGGCUCCGUCUGCUGGGGGACUUGGUCGUGGCUUCUGCCGCAACCUCUUGAGCCCCGUCCACCUCAAAUCCCAUCCCGACCGCUGCUUCAACG